ACAACCUUGGGGACCUUGUGGGAAAGUGGGUUUUUUGGGUGAGGAAAUCCAAAAUGAGUAAUUUUUGACAUUUUUGAAAAGUCUAAGGAUGAGAAACGGCAUAUUUUGAAAACGGGAAAUUUCUAGGCUAUCCUAACCAACCAAACCAGGGGGAGCUUCACCUAUCCCCUGGAUCCCUGGUUUAAGGUCACUAACCUAACCUAACAAUACUGGUAUUUGUUAAUGUUAACAAUAAUGCCAUGUUACUUUGCCUUUGAAAACUGACAUGAUGAUAUAGUAUACUUAAUGUAGUGUACGUCUGUAAAAGAUUUAGACAGCGCCCUCAUAAAGUAAACUCACAAAUCCACAUUGAAAACAGAGGUGUCUCCCAGAGCCAAUGGGAAGUUUUCGGAACUAAACCGCUAGAUGUCGUUGCUGCUCAUCUAACUGUAGGAAAGAGAGCUAAGAUAUUGUUGUAGUAAAUCUCAGGUGCAUAAAGAUGCAUAGAACAUUGGUUAUCAUGAUACUAUUGAAAUGAUGUAUUGACUUUUCAAUAUCUGGUAUGGAUAAUAUUGAGAGAAUGUAGUCAAAUUAAUUAUUUUUUGUGUGAUUAUCAAGUAAACUGUUAGCAUUAUCUUAAAUAAAGCAUAUUACAAGUAUAAAAACUAUUGAUUUGGACAACAAAAAAAUAUAAAAUCACACAGUACUAUAUAGUAUGACACAACCUACUCAGUAACAUCAUGAUAUAUGGCUCUAGUUCUUUUUUUUUUGUGGGGAUUUUAGCAUCCCUCUCACGAAGUGAGCAACAAGGCAAAGUAAUCGAGAACCAAAGCAAACAUCUCUCAGGCGAUCCUUGAGUGAUGGGAGAGGAGUACAGGAAACUUUUUCACCAGUUUUGUAAUGAUGCCAUUGUGUUGUGUCCCUCAAUGUGCCAUUCAAUGUGGGGGGCCACCAAUUCCCACAAGAAGCUGGAAUGAGGAAACUGUGGGAAGUUGCUAUAAAGAGGGACAAGUGGAGCAUUACUAUCACCAGGACACUUGAGUUGCCAUUUUUUUUUUUUUAUUAAAAUUGCCAUUUCCAUAAACUAGGAAGGAGAUCUAUGUAAUCUGGACUUUUGACUGUCACAGACAUGUUGCCUUUAUGUUUACUGUCAUUUAGAUUAAGACUUUUCCAAUCAAGAGUGUAUUCAUUUGGAAAUUUUAAGAUGACCAAAUAAAUCUAAAUGACGAUUCACUAGAAAAUCAACUUAUAUACAUUUGUUCAUGAAAAGAGUUUGAUUUUACUUGUGUUACUACUUAGAAGGGAUUACGUAGAAAAAUAUGUUAUAUAAGCCCAUUGCAUCUUCAUGUAAAUAGAAUAACACUGUAGGUAUAUCUGAUAUUGCUUGUAUGUGAGAGAAGAGUUUGUGUCUGUGCUGCCACCUGGUGACAACCACUAAUUCUGAAAACUCCCCAUUCCACAAUUUGUGUGUAAAGUACAGCUUCUUCCACACACUGAACCCUGGAAUCUUACUAUACCCUUUAGGAAGUAGUUCAUAUGUGAGUGAAAUAUAUAAAAAGUUUUUUUUGUCCAUACAUAAGCUCAGCUUGUUCAUUGUAUUGAAACUAUGAAUGAUAAGCAUUUUAUUAUGAGGCACAUUUUAUUUGCAAGAUAUAUGAGGGACACUACAAGGGUAUUAUUCUGUGCUGCCCCAUGAGGGAGGGUGUCACGGUGCCAUGUGGCCCAUGCCAGUUAGAUUCCAGCCAUCAUCAUAGAAAUUUUGGAAGAUUAUGAUCUACAUUUCUUGUUAUGCCUUUGAAAAAUGGUAGCUUUUAUCUUCACAGCCUAGAGGUUUGGCACUAUUUCCUCUCUUAGUGAAUGUCAAUGUACCGUAUUUCUUAGUAUGUGACAAUUUCAGAUGCUGGCUGUGAGGAAUAGCGUGUGGCUGCUGUGGUACAUACUGGUUAGGUUAGGUGAUGCCAAGUUUGGUUAAUGUCCUUAACGGGGAGUACAGGGCAGACGUGGGCAUGAUUAUGAUUACUAAUCAGAAAAAUCAUAAUCCUUGGCUCUGAUUACAUAAUCAUAAUCAAAUCUUAAUUAAAAAGUAGAUAACUCAUGUAAUCAUAAGCAAAUCAUAAUCAUAUUUUUCUUGGUAAUAAUCAGUGAUUAAGAUUUGAUUAUUGUGAUUACUUCUUUAUAAUUUCCAUGAAGCACUUAGCUUUCAAGUCCAAGUAUGUUUUGAAAGCUUAGCACCAUCUCAUGUUUUUACUUGCUUGUCUCCCAUGAUAUACAAGUAUCAGUCAAAUGCAUACAAAACCUACACGUGUUUCAGCAGACUUGAAAUGCAGUACUGGUAAGAAAAGAUCACUAGGCUGGUAUGGGAGUGCACAGCCUCAGGGUUACAUAUGAAACAUGUCUGUAAUCACUGUAAUGUGUGUAUCAAUCAUGAAACUGUCUAUCAUUGUGUGUGAGUGACUAUGUGUGUGUGUGUUGUAGUACUGUAUUACCCAACACGUUUGUACAUGCAUAUGCUGCUGGCUACAUAAGGCAAACAACACAUUUGUACAUGUACACAUUGCUGCCUUAUUUAAGGUAGACAGCUGAUAGACUCAUCACUCCACUCCACUCCUCAACAAGUUCAUAUCUAGAUCAUCAUGGCAAAACCAGUACUGGAUCAUUUUCAUGGCAGCUUCAAGCCAGAUCCUAUUACUCAAGUGAAACUGAAAUGCAAGCACUUUGACAAGGUUGUUAGUGAUAACAUUUGACUUCUAAUUUCCAUACUCACAUGAAGGUGAGGUAACAUGUAAUUGAAUCUUGUCAUCACCUUCAUAACAAACUACCCACACUGCAGAAAAGAUUUGUGCCACAUUCACCAAAAUCAUCACUAGCUUUAACCUAGAAACAAAGAUUUUGACAAUUGUAACCGACAGUGCCAACAAUAUGCUUAAACCAUUUGUGACACUUCCCAGUCUGGACAAUGUGGACAGUAAUCAAGACAGUGAAAGCAAAGAGGAGAAUGACUACCUUUGACAUUCCUGAUAACAAUGGAAAGUUCCUUAAGUUAUUGCCUGGGAAUGUCAGAUGUUUUGUUCAUACUUCACAAUUUUUUUUUUUUUUUUAUGUAGGAAGGACACUGGCCAAGGGCAACAAAAAUCUAAUAAAAAAAAAUGCCCACUGAAUUGCCAAUCCCAUAAAAGGGUCAAAGCAGUAGUCAAAAAUUGAUGAAUAAGUGUCUUGAAACCUCCCUCUUGAAGGAAUUCAAGUCAUAGGAAGGUGGAAAUACAGAAGCAGGCAGGGAGUUCCAGAGUUUACCAGAGAAAGGGAUGAAUGAUUCAGAAUACUGGUUAACUCUUGCAUUAGAGAGAUGGACAGCAUAGGGGUGAGAGAAAGAAGAAAGUCUUGUGCAGCGAGGCUGUGGGAGGAGGGGAGGCAUGCAGUUAGUAAGAUCAGAAGAUCAGUUAGCAUGAAAAUAACAGUAGAAGACAGCUAGAGAUGCAACAUUGCGAUGGUGAGAGAGAGGCUGAAGACAGUCAGUUAGAGGAGAAGAGUUGAUGAGACGAAAAGCAUUUGAUUCCACCCUGUCUAGAAGAGCACUAUGAAUGGAACCGCCCCCAGACAUGUGAAGCAUACUCCAUACAUGGACGGAUAAGGUCCUUGUACAGAGUUAGCAGCUGGGGGGGGUGAGAAAAACUGGCAGAGACGUCUUAGAACGCCUAACUUCAUAGAAGCUGUUUUAGCUAGAGAUGAGAUGUGAAGUUUCCAGUUCAGCUUAUAAGUAAAGGACAGACCAAGGAUGUUCAGUGUAGAAGAGGGGGACAGUUGAGUGUCAUUGAAGAAGAGGGGAUAGUUGUCUGGAAGGUUGUGUCGAGUUGAUAGAUGGAGGAAUUGAGUUUUUGAGGCAUUGAACAAUACCAAGUUUGCUCUGCCCCAAUCAGAAAUUUUAGAAAGAUCAGAAGUCAAGUGUUUUGUGGCUUCCAUGCGUGAAAUGUUUACCUCCUGAAGGGUUGGACGUCUAUGAAAAGACGUGGAAAAGUGCAGGGUGGUAUCAUCAGCGUAGGAGUGGAUAGGACAAGAAGUUUGGUUUAGAAGAUCAUUAAUGAAUAAGAAGAAGAGAGUGGGUAACAGGACAGAACCCUGAGGAACACCACUCUUAAUAGAUUUAGGAAAAGAACAGUGACCGUCUACCACAGCAGCAAUAGAACGGUCAGAAAGGAAACUUGAGAUGAAGUUACAGAGAGAAGGAUAGAAGCCGUAGGAGGGUAGUUUGGAAAUAAAAGCUUUGUGCCAGACUCUAUCAAAAGCUUUUGAUAUGUCCAAGGCAACAGCAAAGGUUUCACCAAAAUCUCUAAAAGAGGAUGACCAAGACUCAGUAAGGAAAGCCAGAAGAUCACCAGUAGAGCGGCCUUGACGGAACCCAUACUGGCGAGCAGAUAGAAGGUUGUGAAGUGAUAGAUGUUUAAGAAUCUUUCUGUUGAAGAUAGAUCCAAAAACUUUAGAUAGGCAGGAAAUUAAAGCAAUAGGAUGGUAGUUUGAGGGAUUAGAACAGUCACCCUUUUUAGGUACAGGUUGAAUGUAGGCAAACUUACAGCAAGAAGGAAAGGUAGAUGUUGACAGACAGAGCUGAAAGAGUUUUACUAGGCAAGGUGCAAGCACUGAGGCACAGUUUCGGAGAACAAUAGGAGGGACCCCAUCAGGUCCAUAAGCCUUCCAAGGGUUUAGGCCAGUGAGGGCAUGGAAAACAUCAUUGCGAAGAAUUUUAAUACAGUCGUACCUCGGUACUCGACCGCCUCUAUACUCGACCAAAUUGGUGCUCGACCAAAAAAUUCGAGUAGAAAAUGCAUCGGACCUCGAACAGAUUUUCGGUACUCGACUAGCCGAGUCGACCCGAACGCGCUCCUCGGCCCUUCUCGGCCCUUCUCGGCCAGCGGGUAAGCAUCAGUUCGACUCAGACCGCCAGCGGAGUAAGACGUACGCAGUUUGUUCGAGUAUUUCUUCCCAGAUUUAAACUUUUUCGUGUUGCUCUAGCCCUUAAUAAUGGGUCCAAAGAAAGACAGUGAUAAGGGGAAGGCAAAGAGGAAAACAGUGAGGACCACUAAGGCAGAAGCAACUGACAAUGGACAGGUUCCUUCUUAAAGAAAAGAGGAAGGCUACUGCCCAGCCAGAUUCACCUCCACGGAAGAGAGAGAGAAGGGAGAAAACCCCUGAAGGCGCGUUACCUAGCGUCAUCAUUAUUUAUCUUUAUCAUGUACUGCUUGUGCACAUUUACGUUUUAUUGUUGUUUAGAUACACGUUCUUAUAAUAUUUUAGGUAUUUUUCUUAAUGGUAAGAACGGAUUAAAAUACUUUCCAUUAUUUCUUAUGGGAAAAUUGGUUUCGGUGUUCGAACAAAUCGGUGCUCGACCACCACCUCAGAACGGAUUAUGGUCGAGUACCGAGGUACGUCUGUAGGUGGCAUGAAGUAGCCCAGAAUCGUCCAAGGUAGAGUUUUUAGCAAAGGUUUGAGUGAAGAGUUCAGCUUUAGAAAUAGAUGUGAUAGCAAUGGUGCCAUCUGGUUGAAAUAAAGGAGGGAAGGAAGAAGAAGCAAAGUUAUUGGAGAUAUUUUUGGCUAGAUGCCAGAAGUCACAAGGGGAGUUGGAUCUUGAAGGGUUUUGACACUUUCUGUUAAUGAAGGAGUUUUCGGCUAGUUGGAGAACAGACUUGGCAUGGUUCCGGGCAGAAAUAUAAAGUGCAUGAGAUUCUGGUGAUGGAAGGCUUAAGUACCUUUUGUGGGCCACCUCUCUAUCAUGUAUAGCACGAGAACAAGCUGUGUUAAACCAAGGUUUAGAAGGUUUAGGACAAGAAAAAGAGGGAGGAGUGUACGCCUCCAUGCCAGACACUAUCACCUCUGUUAUGCACUCAGCACACAAAGACAGGUCUCUGACACAGAAGCAGUAGUCAUUCCAAGGAAAAUCAGCAAAAUACCUCCUCAGGUCCCCCAACUAGCAGAGGCAAAACGCCAGAAGCACCUUCGCUUAGGGGGAUCCUGAGGAGGGAUUGGAGUGAUAGGACAAGAUACAAAUAUGAGAUUGUGAUUGGAGGAGCCCAACAGAGAAGAAAGGGUGACAGCAUAAGCAGAAGGAUUAGAGGUCAGGAAAAGGUCAAGAAUGUUAGGCGUAUCUCCAAGACAGUCAGGAAUACAAGUAGGGUGUUCACCAAUUGCUCUAGGUCGUGGAGGAUAGCAAAGUUGAAGGCUAGUUCACCAGGAUGGUCAGUGAAGGGAGAGGAAAGCCAAAGUUGGUGGUGAACAUUGAAGUCUCCCAGAAUGGAGAUCUCUGCAAAGAGGGUCAGAAUGUGCUCCACUUUGGAAGCUGAAUAGUCAAAGAAUUUCUUAUAGUCAGAGGAGUUAGGUGAGAGGUAUACAGCACAGAUAAAUUUAGUUUGAGAGUGACUCUGUAGUCGUAGCCAGAUGGUGGAAAACUCGGAAGAUUCAAGAGGGUGGGCACAAGAGCAGGUUAAGUCAUUGCGCACAUAAAAGCAGCAUCCAGCUUUGGAUCGAAAAUGAGGAUAGAGAAAGUAGGAGGGAACAGAAAAGGGGCUACUGUCAGUUGCCUCAGACACCUGAGUUUCAGUGAGGAAAAGGUGAAAGAUGGGCUCAAAGAAGCAGGGCCUGUAUGAGGAGUCAUUGGAAAAAGCCUCACGUCUAGUAUCACACAUUCGUCAUUCACCACUGGCAUCUGACAUUCUUGAAGGGGAAUGCAGACCUCAGGCCAAAAAUGCAACCCGAUGGAACAGCAGUAAUAAGAUGCUUCACUCCCUUCUGAAUAUUGAUCCAGAAAAGCUUGAUCAGUUAAACUGUCCAGUAAAGCUAACCAAAUAUGAACUUAAUCUCAUCAAGGAAAUAACAGGCAUCUUGAUACCAUUUGAAGUAGCAACUCUAGAGUGUCAGGGAAAGAAUGUUGUAACGUCAAGCAAAGUAAUUUCAUGCAUUCAUGGAUUGAAAGCUGAGCUUGAACAACUGUCACAGAGAUACAAGUCAAAGAUGAUUACUACUCUCAAAAGCUCAGUCAAGAAAAGAUUGAAGAUCUUUGAAGACAUGGAGAUAUUUCAGCUGGCCUCUCUCCUAGAUCCACGCUUUAAGAUGGACUGGUGCUCACCAGAAGAAGUCAUGUUCAUGAAAUCCCUACUGAAGUCUAAAGUAGAUGAAAUUAUGCCUACUACCACUGAAGAAAAGGGUUCCCUUCAGGAAAAUAUGGAGGCCCCUUCAAAGAAGUGCAAGCUGUUCAGAUCCAUGACACCAUCAGCAUUAAUGAGCUCUCCCCUCUGUACAUUAACAUCAACUUUAUCACAAGUAGACUCCUACCUGAAACAGAAUCACUCAACAUUACCUCAACUAACUAUACUGGCUCUCCGAUAUCUGUGUAUCCCAGCAUCAUCAGCUCCAGUUGAGAGACUUUUCUCAAUUGCUGGGAAAGUCUUUCAUCCUGAAUGAUGCAGAAUGAUUGAUGUUCACUUUGAGGAGUUGAUGUUUAUUAAGUGUAACCAACACAUAGUAAAUUAGACCUUACAUGAGAAAUAAUCUAGCCUAUAACAAGUCAUGUGUAUAACAAGUUCUAUAUUUUUCAAAGAGAAAUACUUUAUUUUCAUUAUUGCUGUGAAAGCCUGUGAUCGUGAUUUGAAAUAAAUUCAUAGAAGUAAUGUAUUAUGUACUGUAAAGCAAAAACAAGUAAAGCCUCUUACACACAAUGUAUGUUUUUAAUACUAUUAGUUAGUAAGUGAUUUAAGCAGUUAUAUUACUGUGCUCAAAUAUGGAACAGUGCACCAAAUAGAUAUAGUUUGUUACCUAUUUAGGCAUUGUACUUAAUCAUUGCUAAUCAUUAUCUUUUUAUAAAUAAUCACAGUGAAAUGUGAUUAUAAUCAUAAUCAAAUCCUAAUCAUGUACAAAAAGAAAAAAAUAAUCAUAAUAAAAAGUAGCAAAACUAAAGCAAUCAUAAUUUAAUCACAAUCAAAAAAGUAUUCCAGACCAAAAUCAAAUCAUAAUAAUUUUUUUAUAAUCAUGCCCAUGUCUGGUACAGGGGAGCAAAGUCCCCCCAGUUAGGUUAGAUUAGAUAAUGCUAGGUUAUGUUAGUGUUCUUAAGGGGGCUCCAGGGGGCAGCAAAGCCCCCCACCAGUUAGGUUCGAAAUUUCCCCACUUGUCAAAGCAUGGCAUCCAAUCCUUAAACUUUUUUUCAUGAAUGUCCAAAUUUGCCCUAAUUUGGCUUCCCCCCCAUAAAACCUUGUUCUCCACGUUCAGCCAAUAGGUGGGCUGUAUUCUACAAUGUGGGAGGGAAGAGCUUGAUUUUGAAUCAGUCUUGGGCGAUGGCUUACUGCUGUGGCUGUGAGUGAUAUUUGGCUGCUGACAGAUAUUUCCAUAACUAGGGAGAUAGUGGAACAGGAGAUAGAUAGGCUAAAAAAGUUCAAGUCACCAGGACCUGAUGAAAUAUAUCCCAGAGUACUUAAGGAAUGUAAAGAGAUUAUUAGUGAGCCGUUACUUUCUGUCUUUAGGAAAUCACUGGAGUCAGGUGAGGUACCAGUAAUGUGGAGGCAGGCUAAUGUAGUACCCAUCUUUAAGAAAGGAGAUAAAACUUUAGCGUCUAAUUAUAGACCUGUCAGCUUAACUUCAGUUGUAGAUAAAAUGUUAGAGUCAAUAAUAGCGAGGAACAUUAGGGAACAUUUAGACAAACGUAACUUGAUAAAUCAGUCACAGCAUGGCUUCACGAAGGGGAAGUCUUGCCUGACAAACUUGUUAAGUUUUUACAGUAAGGUGUACAGUAGAUAAUGGUGAUAGUUAUGAUAUCUUAUAUAUGGACUUUAGUAAAGCAUUUGACAAGGUACCCAAUCAAAGGCUCCUGAGAAAGGUUAGGGCACACGGGAUAGAUGGGAAGGUGUUAGGCUGGAUAGGGUCAUGGCUUGAUAACAGGUGACAGAGAGUGGUAAUAAACGGCUCGAAAUCCGAGUGGGGUCAUGUAAUUAGUGGGGUGCCACAGGGAUCAGUAUUAGGGCCAUUGUUAUUUCUAAUAUAUAUCAAUGACUUGGAUAGUGGAAUUAGUGAUGUUAGUAAAUUUGUAGAUGACACAAAGAUAGGUAGAUUAAUUAGGUCAGAAUUGGAUGCCAUCGCCUUGCAGGCAGACUUAGAUAGAAUGAAUGAAUGGACGGAUAGAUGGCAAAUGCAAUUUAAUAUCAAUAAAUGCAAAGUGCUUAGCGUAGGUAGAGGAAACCCACACAAUAGGUACACAUUAAACAACCAAACUCUGGUAGGUACAGGGUACGAGAAAGAUUUAGGAGUUAUAGUUAGCUCUGAACUCCGUCUAGGGAAACAAUGCAUAGAAGCCAGAAACAAGGCAAAUAGGGUACUAGGAUUCAUUUUUAGGAGUGUUAAAAGUAGAAGGCCGGAAGUAAUAUUAAAGUUAUACUUGGCGCUGGUCAGACCUCAUCUAGACUACACUGUGCAGUUCUGGUCCCCACAUUACAGGAAAGAUAUAGGUCUAUUAGAAUCAGUACAGAGGAGAAUGACUAAAAGGAUACAGGGGAUAAGGAGUAUUCCUUAUGAGGCGAGGUUGAAGCUGUUAAAUUUACAUUCUCUAGAGAGACGUAGGUUAAGAGGGGACCUGAUAGAAGUCUUUAAGUGGUAUAAGGGUUAUAACAAGGGAGAUGUAAGCAAAAUUCUUAGGAUCAGCAACCAGGGUAGAACAAGAAAUAACAGGUUCAAGCUUUAAAAAUUUAGGUUUAGGAAGGAGAUAGGAAAAAAUUGGUUCUCAAAUAGAGUGGUAGAUGAGUGGAACGGACUCAGUAAUCAUGUUGUUAGUGCUAGGACACUAGAGAGCUUUAAGAGAAGAUUAGACAAGUUUAUGGAUGGGGAUAACAGAUGGAAAUAGGUAGGUGUGUUUCAUACAGGGACUGCCACAUGUAAG